AUGCAUGAUCCGCAUUGGUCCGACUUUGUGGUCUGGGCGGACGAUGGAACCAUCCGCCUGUGGUGCACGGCAACCGGUGCCUGCAACGAGGUGGUGGAGAAAGCCCACGCGGGCUCUGUUCUCAAGCUUUCUGUUGUGCGGUCCUUCAUCUGGUCCUCGGGCUCUGAUGGCUUCAUCCGUGAGUGGACCAUUGGUGGAUCUGAGCGUCAGUGUGUCAGGCAAAUAGCGCCGGAGGGCUUCGACAAAGGGGCCUAUGCAAUCGUGCCGUUGGGCUACGAAGUCUGGACUUGCGGCCACCAUCCGAAAUACAGGUGUUCUCACAGUCCGACUUUUAAGACGCCCGAGCAUCCCGCACACGAGCCCUACGUUUUCAACUUGCUCACAGUAGACAGAAUUGAAACCAAGAUCGUCUGGUCGACCUCCAUCGGUGACAAGAAGCUGAAAGUGGGGCGACACACCAUUCGCGGGGAGGUUCCUUCCAUCGACGAGCUGAAAGCAGCGAAUCGGCUCUUCGAGGGGAGGAGGAUGGACGAGUUCGUGAAACGCGCUUCGAAGCUCGAGGACGAGCUGGCGGUCUCUGCCGAGGAGUACCGGGCGCAGCUGGAGGCCCUCGCCACCGACCUUGCCAAGUCCAAGGCUGAAGGGGAGGAGCUUGCGGCGAAGUGCAAGCACCUCGAGGAUUUGUCUUGCUUCGCCCUGGUCAUGCAUGGUGUGCUUGUUGCUUCAAACACCUUGUGCCCACUUGGCCUGAACCGAGCGCAGGAGGAGCUGGAAGGCAAGCUCAUGGAGGAUCCUGAGGCUCUGGCCAAGUUCCUCCAACGUGCUCUGUCUUUCGAGAAGAUCUUCAAAGACCUCGGCUUGGAGCACUUCCUCGACAACCCGCAGGCGCUUCGACAGGUUCUGGAGGCCUUUGCAGAUCUGGGCCUGGAGAACCUUUUGAAGAACCCGAAGGAGCUGAAGAACUUCCUAUCGUCGGCCAAGCAGCUGAAGGAGAUGUUAGAGGCGGCUGGCUUUGGAGACGUUUUUGGCGACCCGUCGAAGCUGGAGGAGCUCAAGCAAAGCUUGGAUUUGCUAAGGCGGGUUCGGGACCUCUUCGAGAAGUUCGGCUUGGGUGAUGCCUUCAAGGACCCUGCCUUGCUGGAAGAGAUUUUGUCCAGAUACGAGGGAUUACGCAAAGCCUUUGAAGAGUACGGCUUCUCAGAGCUGUUCGAGGAUCCAUACAACUUGAAGGGCUUCUUGCGGAACUACGCGAAACUACGUGAGGCCUUCAAAGAUCUCGGGCUGGAAUAUCUUCUGGACAGUGCUGCUGCCAUGCGGGAUUUUUUGGCGGGCCACACGUCCGGGGAGAAGGAGCUCCUGGAUCUUCGUGCAAAGGCAUCCAGGCUUGAUGAGGCCGAAGAGAAGCUCCGUCGUAGGGAAGAAGAGCUGGCCUCGCGCUUAGAUCCGUACUUAGCCACAGAUGAAGGAGGCAUCGGAGCUCCGGUCUCUUCUGCGAGCGAAGGCUUUCCGGGCACUGUGGAUAGCGAGCUGGCGGAGCUGCGCCGGCUGCUGGAGGAGAAGGAACGCGAGCGCCAGGAGGCGCUUGAGCGCGAGCGGAUGAUGGCCAUCAAGUACAAGGAGCUGGACAUCUUUAAGCUGGACAUCAUCGCGCGCGAGCUCAAGUCUUUGGACAACGAGCUUGGCCUGGUUGGCAAAGAGGCCAAGUUUCUCCAACAGAGUGCAGGGCGGCUCAAGGACUUCGGUGACCAGCAGCAGAUCCAUCAGCAUGGAAGCAAGAUGCCAACCACUGAGUUGGACCAAUGCGUGCAGCUACGUUCUCACAUCAGGGAUGUUAUUCAAAAGUGCCUCUCUGAGACGCAAAAGCUGCACAUUGGGGCUGCAAUCGACGAUCCCCUGGCCGCGGGCGAGCUGAAGGAUGGCGGCGUCAUGGCGGGAUUUGUUUACGAGGAAGUCGAGGCCUCUUGA